GCUCUUGAUGGAAAUGUAUAUGAUCACCUUAAGGAUUAUUUAAUGGCAUUCUUCAGCAGGACUGAACUAGACACAAGCCAAGCUGUACAAAACACAUUCCAGUUUUUACUGGAGACUUCCAGCAGGGUGGUGCGGGAUUACAAUCUACAGCUGUUUUUACAGGAGAACUCCGUGUUUCACAAACCGCAGCCUUUCCAGUUCCAACCCAGCGACAGCGACACCAGUUUGAACGCGGUGCCGCUGGUGGAUAUCGAGCCCUCACCGGUCAGUGCGAUGAGAAUGACGAUAGCAGAGAGUCGACAACUGGAAUCGGAAACUGGAACGACUGAAGAGCACAGCCUCAACAAGGAGGCUCGGAAAUGGGCUACCCGGGUAGCCCGCGAGCACAAAAACAUCAUCCACAGUCAGCGGACACUGGAAGAGCUGGAAUGCCACGGGCCGGUGAUGUCUGAGCAAACGCGAGCAGAACUGGAGCAGAAAAUAGAUGAAGCCAGAGAGAGUAUUCGCAAGGCUGAGAUAAUUAAGCUGAAAGCUGAAGCCCGUCUGGAUCUGCUGAAGCAGAUUGGUGUGUCGGUGGAUACGUGGCUAAAAAGCGCGAUGAACCAAGUGAUGGAAGAACUGGAAAACGAACGCUGGGCCAGCCUGCCUUCGGUGACCAACAACGGCUCUUCACACCUGAUGAACGCUGAUGCAGAAAAGGAAGAAGGCGAAGAGUUUGAUGAGAGCAUGGAUGUUUUUGAUGACAGUAGUUCUAGUCCUUCUGGUACUCUAAGAAAUUAUCCUCUCACCUGCAAAGUUGUUUAUUCAUAUAAGGCUUCUCAGCCGGAUGAAUUGACCAUAGAGGAACACGAGGUGCUGGAGGUUAUUGAAGAUGGAGAUAUGGAAGACUGGGUAAAGGCACGGAAUAAAGCGGGUCAAGUGGGUUACGUGCCGGAGAAGUACCUGCAGUUCCCGACGUCCAGCAGCCUGCUGAGUAUGCUGCAGUCCCUCGCGGCGCUGGACAGUCGAUCACACACCUCAAAUAACUCCACUGAGGCCGACUUAGUCUCAGGCAGCCUGAAUGGAGACUCCAAUGUCUGUUUUGUAAAAGCACUUUAUGAUUACGAGGGCCAGACAGACGAUGAGCUCUCCUUCCCGGAGGGAGCGAUCAUCCGCAUCUUGAACAAGGAAAACCAAGACGAUGAUGGCUUUUGGGAAGGAGAAUUCAACGGACGUGUUGGGGUGUUCCCGUCAGUGUUAGUUGAAGAGCUGACGGCCUCAGAAAAUGGAGAGACUCAGUGGAUUGGAGAUAUUCAGGUAUCCCCGACUCCGAAGCCGAAUAACGCCCUCCCGCCGCUGCCGCUGUACGACCAGCCUCCCGCUAGUCCCUACCACAGCCCGGAUAAAAGGGGUUCUCAGUACUUCCCCAGAUCGCCCUCCACUAACGAAAACAGCUUCGGUUCCGAGUCCCCUGGAUUCUCGCAGCCUCCGCGAAUUCCUCCCGAAGCGUCGUACGGCAAACUGCGACCUGUGCGAGCAGCUCCACCACCCCCUACGCAGCAUCAUCGCCGGACGACAGAGAAGAUAGAGGACGUGGAAAUUACUCUGGUGUAACGAUCGGACUAGUCAAGUAGUAGUGCUACAAUCAAGACCGAACGCGGUAUUUGGUCAAUCUCGUUUUUAGGCACCUUUGCAUGAUGAAGACUUCUAAUAGAGCAAGAGAUAGGGAGGAUUUUAUGUGGCAGUGACAUGGUGGAUUCCUUCCCACGGUCAUGAAUAUUUUGUG